CUCGCUCUCUCGUUCGCUGCUCUCCUUGAUUUAUCGAAGUUGCCAGUGAAAAACGUUCUUCCUUCGUAGCUCCGCUACUCGACCACCGAUAUCCUGUCAACGCGUAUUAACGAUCAGUGUUACAGAAAAUGCGUACUGUGGCUGUAUGGACCGCUUUUGUAUUAGCGUACUCAAGCAGCCCGUUCGUGGCCGGUAUACGAUACAUCGAUCCGAUCUCGCCGCAAUCAGGGAACACCGGCGACAUCGCCGAGAAGCGCGUUGACCUGACUGAGCCGACAUGCGAGGAAUUGAGGGCAAUGUGGAGGUACACCAAGCGACAAAGCAGGGCUGCUAAAACCACUACCGGAUACUCUCUUUAUCCUGAUCCAUUUUCGUACAACGUCUGGAAGUCUUAUCCCGAACGCCCUAAGUCCCUUCACAGCCACCGUGGAAGGUUCAUAGGAAGAGCACGUAACCGUGCAGGAAGUAGUGCUCCAAUUUAUGGGAGGAUGGUACAUAAAGCACCAGCAGGCAGCAGAUUAAGAAAUGGAAUGCGACCUUCGGCACGGCCUUUCGACAAACUCCCGCGACUUUUCGGAACAAUCAAUUCGUAUCCGUCGAAUCUACAUACAAACAUGAAAUACCGUACGAUUGUUGGUUCCCCUCAGGUCCCUCAGGCGGGCAGUUUUCAGCAUUUGAAGGAAUUACUCCGCGCUGAACGAGCUCGUGAACUACAGGAACAACAUAAAGCUGAAAAACUCGCAGAAAAGACAUUUACCUUCAAGGAUACCGUUGACAACGAGCACCCUUUUCAUAUGCAAUCUCGGAAGCAAUUUCCGAAGCCGACACUGCGAAUGCCGACGAAAAUUAAUUAUGAAUUCGGUCAAGGUCGACAUACAUCGAACGUACCAAAUAUUGGUCAGGCUUGGACGAGGAGCGGUCCUCAAUCUCGUGAAUACUUGUUGCGUUAGUGUCUCGACGGACUGCCGACAUCUCCAACACGAAGAAGCUACCCUAAUGAUCAACGUAUCAAUUCCUUGAAUACGUUCGCACGCGACAAGAUGCAAAAGAUUCGCAUUUGCUUUCUUGGCAAUCUCCGAUACCCCGAAAUUUUCGUAAGCCAAAUCCUUGCGUUGAUAGCAGUGAGUAUCGUCCCACGAAAGGGCUUUUCAUUUUCGUUCUUCCUCCUCCGUUGUUAUCGAAAAUUGUUCUUAAGGAUUUCAUUGUCUUGCAUUGAAAUCUCGAACCUCGAUCUCCGCGUUAUCUCGAUUCAAUCAAUGUGUGUUACCUAUGCCCGAAUAAAUGUAAGUCAAUAAAUGGAACGAAUCGAUGGAAAGUCAUAACCGGAAGGAAAGAAGUUUCGAUAUAUGGCAACGCUACAAAAUGUAUAUUUUCUUAAUUCGUUUAAACUCGCACAGAUUUAAUUACGCGGUCGUACCCGCUGCCUGUGUAGAAUCUUCCAGAUAUAUAAAUUUAAUACUAUUUCUGAAAAUAUGGCUACAGCGGCAACGUAAUCGUACCUUCGUGCCGCUGAGCGGAGAAAACACGAGCAAAAUGUUGCAUUUCCGUAUUUUUUCAAUUAUACCAAUAUUAGUUAUUAGUACUUUUGAUUAUGCUAAUAUUAGUGAUGCCAUAAUAUAUAAAUACUAUACUAAUAUUAUUUCUCGCAAAUUGAUUGAAGAUUUCGAACGAGAAAAAAUAAUGUUAUAGCUUAUUUAGUAAUUAUUGUUUUAUCUGGCUAUAUGAUAUUAUGACAAUACUUUUAUUGGUAGCAUUUUGGUUCCUAUAGUAGACUCUAUUCUUAACGUGGUUAGUCAAAAAAAUAUUGAGACACUUUUAGAUAAGAAAAUUCUCUUUUAUUUUAUUUACAGACACCAAUAUAGUAUCGUUUAUAAUUAUUUGAGCAAACAUUAGAGAUAAGUCGAAGUUGAAGGUUGUUCGAAUUAUAAACGAUACUUUAUGUCUAUUACAAUUUUAUUUAUUAAAUAUAUUAUUAAUUUAAAUUUUAAUAGAAUUAAAUAAUGAUGGUAGUCGUACCUAGUCGAUGAUUAUCUAUUAUAAUAUCUAUUUCUUCUAUCAGGAUCUUCGUUUCUAUUCUUCGAAUAUGAUACCGUUUAAUAAUGGCUGCAACGGUAAUCGAAAUAAUAUUAUAAUCGAUAUUCCAAUCCAUGAUAGAAAUUAAACUACUAUGCUCUGGUUUUCUCCGCCUUAUUUGAACUUGACAAUAAAAUAGAAAGACUAAUAUUUUGAAAAUUUUGACAAUAUAUACAUAUAUAUAUAUAUAUUUAUACAUAUAUAUAUAUAUAUAUAUAUAUAUAUAUAUAUAUAUAUAUGUAUAUAUAAAUAAAUAUAUAUAUAUAUAUAUACAUACUUAAGAUAAGAGAUAAAUAAAGCAUAAUCAACGGAACUAUACCGAAGACAAUAAUUACUGUUAAGAGAUAUUCUUGUAACCUGUACGUGCAAUCGACAUGGAUGCGAUUUCAAUUUUGCGCUAUAUGAGAGGUAAAGUGUUAUAGUGUAUUAAAAAUUACAAUAAUUAAAUACUUACGUAUAAAAAUGAAAUUUUUGAAAAAACAAAAGGAAUGAAAACGCACCAGUGGACAUCUUGUUCAACAUACCUAUUUAAACUAUAUAUGUAUCGAUUACACGUACAAUCAAUUUGACUUUCGACCCUUAAGCGCUCGAUCGAUUGCCCGCAAAAUUUGAAAGUUAAACUGUAACUCACGAUUAAAAUAUUUUGAUUACUUUUUUAACAUAAAGGUUUUUGUUAGACAAACAUAUCAAUAACAAUAAUAAUUAUGUGAAUAGAAAGAAAUUUCUUGUUCAUGCGAACCAAGAAGACAAAAUAUUUAAAAAAUCAAUUCUUUUUAUCGCGUUAAUUUAUUAGGAAUUACGAGACAAUAAGAAAUAAGGGCUUAAGGGUUCUAAUUAUAUAAAGACAAUAAAUAUAAACGUUUCUUGUAAUCGUAUAACAGAAAAAUAAUGAAGUAGGUUAAAGAUAUUUACGUGGCUUAAUCCAUAUCUCAUGCUGAGAAUUAAUGACUUUCAGCUCCUAUGACAGCGUACAAAAACAAAAAAAAAAAAAAAAAGAAAAGAACUUCUGAAUAAUUAUAUGGAACGGUUUGAUACCAAUCGCGGUUCUAAUAUUUGACUAUAAAUACUUUAUACUUGUAUACAUCUCUUUGAAUACGACAUGUGCGUACACUGCAUAUAAUAACACAACAAAAAAAUAACACAUACACAAAUAUUACAUCUAUAGACACACAUGAAACUACGCGUACAUUACAUGCAUAUCAGAGUACACAAAUAUAUAAUAAUAUAUAUUUGUUAUACUACUAUGACUAUUACUAUGUUGACUGUAUUGAUUAAGUUUUAAAGAAUGGAUCUUUCUGGCCAAGAUUCUUCAAUAGUGGAAUCAGUGCCUGAUAUCCAAAACUAGAGACUGGUUGAAAUCUCUUUGGAUACAGAUUAUGAGCUAUAUAUAUUAUAUAUUUUUACCUUAUUUUAAACUAUUUUAAUGUAAGAGAUUCUGUUCUUCAAGUAUGUACAGCGACAUAUAAACAUGUAUACAUGUGAAAUUACUAAAAAGAAGAACUAUAUCUUGGAUGAUGUUAGAAAUAGUAUAUUUAUGUAAACUGAAACGAAAUUAAUUUAAGAUAAAGACAUUAUUUGGGUCAGAGUAUCAAAUCUUUUCUAACGUAAAUUAAUAGGGAUCAUGUACUAUAAUAAUUUAUUUUGUUUACUCUGAAUUUUAAUGCAUGUAUUUUGAAUUAACAUUUGAUACUUAGACCCUAAAAUUGUCUUUGACAAUUCCAAUUAAUAAAUUAGAGAAAAUAUGCUUCGAA